AUGAAGAAGCUCGUCGCGUGCUUGGCCUUCGCGAGUCACUUGGGUGUUCCAGCGACCUUCCAUGAACCGCACCGCAACUUCGUGAGCGAUGACCAGCAGAUUCGCAAGGUACUUGGAUGUGAACAGCCAUCGCCGGGUAUGGAUGAUCGUAAUGGCAUCAAUGCAGAUGCAGGGGCAGGGGCAGACAACUUUUGGGACUACCAAGGCGUUGCCUUCGCAAAAGUCAACCUUACGCUACAGAUCGACCCCGAUGCUGAGGUGUCUGAGCCACUACUGAGGCUCUCCAGCCUCAUGCACAAGGUCUCUUGGGGCGACUACAUCUCCAUUAAGCGCCUGAGAAGUGAAGAGGCCGCUGCUGCGGCAAGCAGCUUUGACGCCACCGAUGAUGGAGAUGUGCUACUGGUCGCAGGCGAAUCGCAUCCGAGUGAUGCCUUUCAGCCUCAUACUAGAGUCCCAUGCGACGACAGCAACAUUGUCGCCAAGGCACUCCGGAAGGCACGAAAACCAGGUGAACGUUAUGUGGUGCUGAUGAGGAAGCGUGUGCCUCCGGGAUCUGGUCUCGGAGGUGGUUCUGCAGACGCUGGAUUUGUGUUGAGGGCGCUGCGCACCAAAAUAAGCCCCAGCGACACCCUGGCACUUGGGUCGGACGUUGGGUUCAUGGCUAACGAUGCUGAUGUCGCCUUAGUAACGGGGAAGGGAGAAGAUGUUGCUCCCAUAGACCCUCUGGACUACGAAGGUCACAUUUACAUACUGGUGCCUGACGAGCACGUUAGCACCGCGGAGGUUUUUAAAAGAGCGCGAGAACUUUUGCCAACUGGAUCGUUAACAACUCCGCGGCUGAGUUACCAGGACAUUGCGAAGUCAGUGGCGAACUUCCACAGUUUCCGCCCAUUCAACGUGUUGGAGCGCUGCGUUCAAAAUGACGGGGUUAAGCUCCUUUUGGAAACAUUAAGAAGCACUGUUCCUUCCUCUAGGUUCUGCAUGUCCGGCAGUGGCGGAGCGUGCUACGUGCUCGACGCCAAUGACGACGAUAUGGUGAGCGUUCGUGAGCGCUACGGCCGCAAUCUGCUGAUUGUCAAGGCCAGGCUCAAGCGUCCACAUGACAACGACGCCGACUUCAGCUAUCUAUAG